AUGACAGGAGCAAAUAUUUAUGGCUUGAAAGGGAGGUUUAUCUCUCUAGCUCUGGUUGCUCUUGUCCUUAUCAUCACGUUUCAGUGGGCAUGGAAGAAAAAUCCAUUCGCCAGAGCAUAUCUGUCAGCCCAACAGUGGUAUAAUAUGCCUUCUGCAGGCUUGCCAGCUGAGGCCCCAGAUAAUGCACUGGGAGCUGCAGACCGUAUAAAAGGUCAAGCAAAGUCUUCAAGUUCCGUCAAAGUCGUUCAAACCAAAGGGAAACUUAAUAAUGACAGUGCAGUGCCUAUACAUUUUGUACAAGCGGAAUCUCCUCAAAUGCAAUACAAUCAAAAUGUUUCCAGAAAAGAGGUCUGUAACUACGCCAAGGGUAGAUGGAUUGCAGACAGCAGGAGACCAUUGUAUUCUGGCUUUGGAUGUAAACAGUGGUUAUCAACAAUGUGGGCAUGUAGAGUAACUCAGAGACCAGAUUUCUCAUACGAGCGGUUCCGAUGGCAACCACAAAAUUGUGAUAUGCCAGAGUUUGACCGAUUUGCAUUCUUGAGAAAAAUGCAGGACAAAACAAUUGCAUUCAUAGGAGAUUCACUGGGACGGCAACAAUUUCAAUCUUUGAUGUGUAUGGUCUCAGGUGGCAAACCGAGCCCUGAAGUUAAAAAUAUAGGAUAUGAGUAUGGUCUUGUUAAGCGCCGGGGGGCCACACGCCCUGAUGGCUGGGCUUACAGAUUUCCCAAGACCAACACCACAAUUCUAUAUUAUUGGUCAUCCACCCUUUGUGAUCUGCAGCCCUUAAAUACAAGUGACCCUCGCACCAAUGUUGCCAUGCACUUAGAUCGCCCUCCAGAUUUCAUGACACGUUUCCUCCAUCGCUUUGAUGUUUUGAUCCUUAAUACAGGCCAUCACUGGAACACUGGGAAGCUUAAUGCCAACAGGUGGGUAAUUUAUGUCGACGGAAAGCCAAAUGAAGAUGAAAAGCUAUCUCAAAUGGAAAAUGCCAAGAACUUCACAGUCUUUAGUAUUGUGAAAUGGCUUAAUUCACAAAUGCCGUCACAUCCCAGGCUCAAAGCUUUCUUCAGGACUAUAUCACCAAGGCAUUUCUUCAAUGGAGAUUGGAACACUGGAGGCAGCUGUGACAAUAAUAUCCCAUUAUCUAGCGGAAGUGAGGUUGUAAAAGAAGGAUCAAUGGAUCUAACCAUCGAUAGUGCUCUAAAGGGUAUGAAGAUUAAAAUACUGGAUAUAACUGCUAUUUCACAAUUGAGGGAUGAGGCUCAUAUCUCCCGUUACAGUACAAGAGGAAUCCUUAAUGCCAGCGAUUGCUUGCACUGGUGCCUGCCCGGAAUCCCGGACACAUGGAAUGAGCUCCUUGUUGCUCAGAUAUAG